CAUCUCUGCUGACAUAAACUUUUAUCAAGAAACAAAAAAUGGACCUCAGAUUGACAGGCUUCUCCACAUCAUUCUGAGCAUUCACCUAACAAUCAUUUGUAUGUUUCGCUCAUGAGGCAAAUAAGUGCCAAGACUGUGGAGCCUAGCUCUUGGUGGGCAAAGACACCUCACCCUCCCAGUCUUUCCAGUUCCUCCUAGUCGGAGGCGCCAUAUGUGGACUCCGACAACGAGGAUUGUAAAGGUAUCCCAGGGAGAAGCGAAGGGCGCGUGCAUUCCCACUGAAAGGCGAAUGAAGAGGAGGACACAAGCGCUUUGAUUGCCUGCCUCUGCUUUCGUAUAUGAGGCAGCCGGUGCUUUUGGCUGGGAGCCCAGUCAGGGCUUUUGUAAUCAAAACAUGAUCCUGUAUGCGGUGCAACCAGUACUGAGAAAGGCCGACGGAUGGCUCUCCUCUUUUAGCCCUGCUGUGGAAUCUGCCGAGCUUCACCUCUGAGGUCCAAAAUGCACCAUUCUGAUGCUGCUGUGGAUGAUGCGGUGUUGCAGAAAAAAGAAGAGAAAGACGUUGAACUGGAUAAAAAAAUUCUAGCUUUGCGGAAGAAGAAUGAAGCUCUUAUGAGAAGAUAUCAAGAAAUAGAAGAGGACAAGAAGCGAGCAGAACAGGAAGGAAUGGCUGUCACUGCAAGGAAAGCUAGGCCAGAUGGACUUACCAUCACCAUCACCAAACCACAUCAUGAGAAAAGGGUUGUGAAUGAGAAGUGGGGAAGUAGUUGCUCUUCUGCCUCAAGUUUUGGAGUUGGUAGUGAGGAAGAUGAGGAAGAAAAUGAUCACGUGUUCACAUUCAGAAUGGGGAAACGGGUUCAGCUGGCCGUUACCAUGGACAAUAAAGGCAAGGGAAAGCGGGUUGUCCGUGAAAAAUGGGGAUCUGAGGAUCCUGUGAACCCGGGAGAGGCCCCAGAUGUCAGCGAAGAAGAGAGGGAUGAGCGGUUUGCUUUCUGCAGAGGGAGAAGAAUGCAGAUCGCUAUUACAAUGGAAAACAAAGGCAGGACAGAUGAAAGGAGAACAGUGGAGAGGAAAUGGCCCAGUGAAGACGACCAUCCCAAGACUGCACACCUCAGAAAGGAGAGAGAGAAUUCUCCCCAGAAGAGCCCAGGAGAGAAAAAUUGCACCCUGACUGGGAGAGAGCGGUCAGAGUAUAUGCAAUGGAAGAAAGAACGGGAUCAGAUUGAUCUUGAACGGCUCACCCGCCACAAGAAUGCAAGGGGUGAAUGGCGACGGGCUUGGGAUGUAGAAAAAACAGAGUGCAUGUUUGAGGAUAUGAAGGAUGGAAAAUCAGUCUUGGACUGUCCCCAGAAUAAGAAAGGGGGAAGAAGUGCCCGGAAGUCCCAGCUACGAGCUCUACCUUCUGAUGGGAAAGUUGGAGGACAACGCAGGAAGAACAACAGUGAGCCACUUUCCAGAACAUUGCCAGUGGUGAGCAGUAAAGCCAGAGGGAAAGACAGAUUGACAGGCAGAGCCAGAAGAUGGGAUGUUAAAGAAGGUGAUGAGAUGUCCUUUUUAAAAGAUGAACUCGAUAAUCAGCGAUCAAUUAGAGUGGAAGAACAAAAGAAUCAAACUCUGGUUGGUGAAGCAGGGAAGGAGCAUCAUUCCCUAACUGCAUUAGAGAAUUAUAUAAAGCUAAAAGAGUCUAAUAUUUCCAUGCCACAGGCCAAAAGAGGUCAAGUGGAUCCAUCUUCAAGGGAAGCCCAAGGCCCAAAUGAAAAAACCAGAACGAGCCUUAUCCAGGAUGUCAGCAGAGAUGAGACUGAGGUAAAUUUCAAACUCAGUAAGGCAAUGUCCGGGCCUGAUUUGUCUCCCAAGACUACCUAUAAGAAUAGCUGCCAGGAAAUAUCCAGAGUGAAGGCUUUUAGAGAUGUGAUUCAAGAAAUCCAUGAAAACUGCUUAGAUAAAAACACAUAUUCUGAAAGGCCCUCUGAGGAGGAUUGUGCUGACAACUUUAACAAGCUGCCAAGCGUGAUGGAAACAGGUAGUGGAGUCCAGGAAUUGUCAAUAAUGAGACCAACAGGAGAAAUCCAAAUUGGAAGCCUCAAGAAGCAGGUAGUUCUUGGGACAGAAGGGAAUGGCACAGCCUGCCUUGCACAUGGGGAAUCGAAGACUUCAGUUGGAGAAAUUCAAGAGAUAAAGAAUGAAUAUGCACCAGAAGGAACAAAAAUGUGCAGCAUGAAGCAAGACCGCCCUGAGUCAUGCAAUAAGGAAGCACAUAAUUAAUCUGAGAAUGAAUUAGGCUCCCAACAGGCUGAAGCUUCAUGAUGUGUGGAGAGCAUCCAGAGAAAAAGGCGAGUCUAAGGAAUCUCUACUUUCCCUGAGGCAGUGGGUGACCUCCUUGCUCAGGACCACACAAUAUCACUAUCUCCAGUUUUUCCACUGGUGCUUUGUCUCCUAGAAACUUUAUUAUCCUCAUAGUUUUCAUCUUCUGCUUCAGAAUGCCAAGAAAUAAAUUUUUACCCAAAAUGGAAACUUAGAAUCCUUUGCAGGAACUUAAAGAGAGUGCUGGGAACUCAUAAAGGAAAGAAUCCACAGAGACUUUGUCAUUCAUUUCUCUCAAGGUAAUUUCAAGAUUCAAGAAGCAACACAGCUGGGGAAAUUUCCAAAGAAACCUGGGACUGACAUCAGUCUUCUCCCCUGGUGUAAGCAAGAACAGCACAGCCAAAGCCUUGCAUGGAGUGGAUUUGAGGACAGAUGUAGGAGGUCAGCUUUAGAAUAAGAAGGAACACUGAACAUUAGUAUGACCGAGCAACACAAAUUACUCGUCUCAAUAGAUGCAAGAAAUUGGUUGUUUUCCUCUCCCCAGUGAGCUGCCAUUUUAUGUAUGGGAGAAUGUGAAUAACAACACAAUUACUUUCAGAAUUUAGCUGGAGGAACAACUGUGAUUUGACCAAAAUGUCUGAAAUUGACUGAAUAAUUCAAGGAAAAAUACUCUGAAACAAGAAUUGAGUCUUGCUCCAACUGUACUCCUCCAAAUGUUUUCAUCGUAGUUACUUGGAAAUUCAUACAUGUACAGUAUAUGAAACAGAAACAUGAUCGUUAAUUUUUUUAUUGGUUUAUAUUAACAAUGCUGGUUUUGACCCAUCUGGCAUUUCAUCUAGCUUUUCUUUGUGAUUACUGAGCAUUAAAAAUCUGUCAGCAAGAUGCAAAUUCUUGCAUUUGAAAUAUGAAUACUGCUAAGUGCCUAUUCAGCAAUUCUGAAAAGGCACUGCAGUAUCCUGAAGAGAAAUCCAUUCUCCUGCCCUCUCCCUUUCUGGUAAACAGCCAAACAGCUCUUGCAGUGCAUAGCUAACACAGAAAAAUCAAAGCGGAGUCAGUCGAUCUUCCCUCCUUACGAAAAUCUUAGAAGUCACUGAUAACUUUACAUCUUGAAAUAAAUAAUUACUCAUUCUCAGGAUUACAACUUCCAAGUUAAUACCUUCUUGAAGAACAUUUGCACAGUUGAGGUAUACUGUUCUAAAUAAAUAUGUAACUAUCUGGUUCUAGCUGUACAAAUGUAGGAACAGAGAUCAAGGAGAAAAUCAGCCAUUAUUUAUAACUAAAGUUCUUCCAGGGAUUAGGGUGCUUUCCCACUUUGAAUCUGAAUGAGCUUGAGUAAAAACAAAUCCAGUAACAUUCUGGAACCCUAGCCAAAAAAAUGAUGCUUUUGGCUUGUUGUACAUGAGCUUUUGGUCAGUGUCCUGUGAUCCAUAAUGCAAAUCAAGAUGUGUUAGUGAGAGGUUGGAAGCCAAGAAGCAGAUUACAGAAAAAAGGCAAAGAAGUUGAAAGGAACAAGAGCAAAGAAGGCUCAACAUUGCUUCACAGACAAUUGCAUUCGUAGAGCAACUGGCAAUACUUGGAAGUUCUGAGCCUUAAAGGCUGUUUUGGGCUCAAGGGCUGUACAUUCUGUAUCUAAGAGAAAGGAUUUGUAUAGUGUGAUCUAUUUGCAGAACAGGUCUCAUGUAGAUUGAUACUGAUCCCUGCAUCAUCUUCAAUAGUUCAGGGGUCAUUUUCAUAUUUUCAAGGUCUAUGCAUCCCUCAAACAUCAUACAAUAACAUGUUCCUUCCUCUUAAGAACAAGGUCCAUCUGUAAUAGGGAAGAAGGGCAAGUCAGUAUAAUGGGACAGAUGAUAAAUCAAGGAAUGUAUGUUUCAGGUUAGUUAGCUCUUUCCCUUUCCUUAGUAUCGGUUUUGCUGCUUGCAUGGGGAUCGUUUAGUUAAUCAUUUUACCAAUGCCAAGAUGGCAUUCACACAGCUAACAAUACAUUAUUUAUACAAGUAAAUAGGAAGUGUUGUGGGCUUGAUCUAGAAUGGAAUCCUAGUUCACAUAGGAUUUCCUAUUUAAAUAACCUAUUUAAUCACCCCUUUUACCUAUCACUGCUAUUUAGAUGAGAAAAGAAGUUUUAUUCCAAUAUAAUGAAAAUAGUGCAGCCUCCAUAAUUCAGGUAAAGACUAUAGCAGGGGACAAAGUUUAACCUUCCCUGUCCUGCCUUCUGGAUGCCUAAUCCUCACUGGACUUCUAUGGCUGCAAUUUACUUUUCAAGAGCUACUUAAGGAAGUGCUAAUUGUGUAAGUAGCUUCUCACCUCGUUCAAAGGAGACUACUAUAUGUAUAUCUGAAAUUGUCAGCCCUUCAGAGUUGUUGAGAUCAGGAAACAGACUCCAUAAGAAGACUAGAACUAUACUUUAUUGAGAUAGGCUAUAUUAACAGAAUAUUGCUAGUCUGUGUUUUUCCUCCACUGUAUAUCUCACUGAAUCAGGGAGGAGCCAGUCUAAUUCUCUUCCUAAUACUACCUAUUUUCCCAGGAGUCAAGAAAUGCUUCUGUCCUUUUUGUUUUUGUAAUGGCUUUGCCAUAUUUCCCUCAAAGCCAUUUCUCAGACUCUCUACAGAAAUAACUCCAAGAACAAUGUGUGAGGGACAUGUCAAAGUGGGUUUCAGCCUGUUUGAAGAAGCAGGUUCCAUUUUGAUCUGAAAAACACUGGUUUGGCCAAGCAGGCAUACUUAACAACAAAAUCAAGAGAAAGCUUAAAUAGGUAAAGGCUUUGGGUGAAUGGAAAAGAAGGCCGAAGACCAUUUAUCAACUUUGUCCUUUCAUUCCUGUCCUUAGAAACAGAGCCUUUGGAACCUAACUGUUUGAAAAGGUUGGAAAUGGGAAUUGUCUCCCUCC